GCGGCGCGCGUGAAACUCAGGAAAUCUGAAUAGCUGUUUCUUUCAGAAACCAGUGGAUUGGGAUUUGUUUGUUGUUUUUUUAGGUUUCUGAACUGUCGCAGGAUAUCAAAAGUAACAGGGUCAGAUCGGCGGAGUCCAGCAUCUUCGUGGCAUAACAGGAGCGCUUCUGGAACGGGAAAGAACGCCUAAGUCAUUUUAUGGAGGCUUGCGGGACGCAGCGAAACAUUUCUUAAAGUGUUUGGCACCGAGGAUAUCAGUCCAGAUCCCCCUUCAGUUCGGAGCAUAGUCUUGUUUGGAUUUCAGCCUGUUUGAAAUGUGGCGUUAUGUGAUCGAGAUAAAUGUGCUAUGUGUGUGAUUUGGAGAGGAUCUUGUGGAAGGUGUCCAGUGGGAAAGAGACUGGGUGGACUCAUCUGCAACUGAUUCCCGUUUUCUGAGCUGCAAUGGACUUGGAAUGAAGACAAAACAUGGAUAUAAUCUGGGAAAUAUUUAUUAUCCUUCAAGCCAAUCUCAUCGUUUGCACUUCAGCUCAGCCAAAUCCACCCAAAAUCCACGAGGGAUGGUGGGCUUACAAAGAAGUUGUUCAGGGGAGCUUUGUUCCAGUGCCAUCAUUCUGGGGGCUUGUAAAUUCUGCAUGGAAUCUGUGUUCUGUGGGGAAGAGACAGUCUCCAGUCAACAUUGAGACGAGCCAUAUGAUAUUUGAUCCCUUCUUGACACCACUGAGGCUCAAUACUGGCGGACGAAAG